AUGUGCUUUAUAAAAACCCUAACAUUUAUUUUUUCACUCUGACCACAGGGCAGGAAAUUUUGAUUAGUAGUUAAAUAUGGGUAUGUCCACUUCCUUUUUUCUGAUUUACUAGGGCACCCUGCUCUUGAAAAAAGCAGUUUCUCAGCUGUGCUCCUUGAGGCUAGUGUGACAGUAUACUACUGUAAGAUCAAAACCAAACCUGUAAUCCCUCAGAAAACCUCUCUUUUGUUCUCAGCCCUGGGCAGGCCAGGUCUUCAUGCUGCUGUGGGUGUCGCUCCUUGUCCUGGCUCCCGUCACUGGACAGUCUGUCACGGAACCAAAACCUGUAAUUUCCCUCCAUCCUCCAUGGACCACCGUUUUCCAAGGAGAGAGAGUGACACUGACUUGUAAUGCAUUUCACUUCAGUGCAAAGUACCGUUGGUACUUUGAGGAAACUUCAUAUGAAACCUUCAGCAACACUCUUGAAGUUCAAAAUUCUGGAGAGUACAGAUGCCAGGCCCAGAAUUCACCCCUAAGUAAUCGGGUGCCCCUGCUCUUUUCUCCAGCCAACCUGAUCCUGCAGGCUCCACUUGACGUGUUUGAAGAGGAAUCCGUAGUUCUGAGAUGCCAAACAAGGGCAAAAGCAGGACUAAAUGCUGUAAUGCUGUACAAGAAUGGAAAAUUCCUGAAAGCCCUUGAAAACAUCUCUGACUUCACUAUUCAUCAAGCAAGUCUGAAAGACAAUGGUAUAUAUCACUGUACUGGAGUUAAGGAAGAUGGUCACUAUGUUUCUUCAAACUCAGUGGAAAUCCAAGUCCAAGAGCUGUUUCCACCCCCUGUGCUGACAGCAAGCCCCACCAACUUCAUCGAGGGGAGGGCGGUGACCCUGACCUGUCUGACCCAGCCCGUUCCACAGAGGCCAAAUGUACAGCUCCAGUUCCAGUUCCUCAGAGAUAGCUGGACCCUGGAAUCAGACUGGCGCAGCUCCCCAGAAUUCCAGAUCACCACCAUAUGGAGAGAAGACUCAAGGUCUUCCUACUGGUGCCAGGCACGGAGAGUGACUUCCCUUGUCCACAAAAAGAGCCAGAGAUUCCAGAUGCAUGUGCAAAGCGUUACUGCCGAAAUCCGAAUAUACACCUACCCAGAGUUGCCACUUAAAGGGCAGAAGCUGGUUAUCAUCUGCUCAGUAGGUGGAAUCCAAGAGCCCAUCACAUUCUUCUGGUACAAAAGAACCAACAAGCUGAGCCGGAGAACAAAGAUUCAUACUUCCUCAGAAAGAGAGUUCAGGAUCCCUGUGUUGACAGACAGCCAUGCUGGAGAGUAUUGCUGUGUUGCCAGAAACCGUCACCAAUCCUUCUUCAGCGACUUAGUGACAGUCAAUGUGAAAGUUCCUGUGUCUCCUCCCAUCCUCACCCUCAGCCCUCCUGGUGCCCGGACUCUUGAAGGAGAUGUGGUGACACUUCUCUGUGAAGUUCAGAGAGGUUCUCUGCCCAUCUCGUAUCAGCUUUUUCGUAAAGGUGUGUUGCUCAAGAAGAUAGGAGCCACUUCAUGGAGGACAACCUCCUUUCAGUUAUUUCUGACUGAAGAACAUUCUGGAAACUACUACUGCACAGCUGACAAUGGCUUUGGUCCCCAGCACAGUACAGCCAUGAGCCUCUCUGUCUAUGUUCCAGUGUCUCGCCCUGUCCUCACCCUCAGGACUCCCAGGGCCCAGACUGUGGAGGGGAACAUGGUGGAGCUUCACUGUGAAGCCCAGAGAGGCUCUCCUCCGAUCCAGUACCAGCUUUUCCAUGAAGAUGUCGCCCUGGAGAGCAGCUCCAGCCCUUUUGGCAGGGGAGCAACCUUCAACCUCUUUCUGAAGGCAGAGCAUUCUGGGAACUACAUCUGUCAGGCCAACAAUGGCCUGGGGGUCCAGCGCAGUGACACAGUGUCACUCAGUGUCAGAGUUCCAGUGUCUCGCCCUGUCCUCACCCUCAGGACUCCCAGGGCCCAGGCUGUGGAGGGGGACAUGGUGGAGCUUCACUGUGAGGCCCAGAGAGGCUCUUCCCCAAUCCUGUACCAGUUUUUCCAUGAGGAUGUCGCCCUGGGGAGCAGAUCCAGCCCCUCUGGAGGAGGAGCGCCCUUCAACCUCUCUCUGACGGCAGAGCAUUCUGGGAACUACUCCUGCAAAGCUGACAAUGGCCUGGGGGCCCAGCGUAGUGAGGUGAUGACACUCAGUGUCAUAGUUCCAGUGUCUCGCCCUGUCCUAACUCUGAAGGUUCCCGGGGCCCAGGCUGUGGAGGGGGACAUGGUGGAGCUUCUCUGUGAGGCCCAGAGAGGCUCUCCUCCCAUCCUGUACCGGUUUUAUCAUGAGAAUGUCACCCUGGAGAGCAGUGUAUCCCACUCUGGACAAGGAGUGUCCUUCAACCUCUCAGUGACUGCAGAACAUUCUGGGAACUACUCCUGUGAGGUUGACAAUGGCCUGGGUCCCCAGUGCAGUGAGGCAGUGACACUUCACAUCACUGGGCUGACAGGGAGCAGAAUUGGCCCUGUUGCCACCGGUGUCACCGGGGGGCUGCUCAGCAUCAUGGGUCUUGCUGCCGUGGCACUCCUGCUCUAUGGCUGGCCCCUAAGAAAAGCAGGAAGAAGGCCUACCUCUGACUCCUCCAGGAACCCUUCAGACUCGGAUUCCCAAGAGCCCACCUACCACAAUGUACCGGCCUGGAUAGAACUGCAGCCAGUGUACAGCAAUGUAAAUCCCAAAGGAGGAGACAUAGUAUACGCAGAAGUCCAGAGCAUUCCGGGGAAGAGCAAACAUGCAGUGGCCUCCGCACCAGGGCUUCUCAAGAACACGAUGAGUCCCACGACCUGUUUACCCUCCCACCUCCGGCCCGCCAGCCUCUGGCCCUCAGCUGCGUGCUCUCUCCCCCAGGAUUCCUCUGUCAUCUACUCCCAGGUGAAGGGCCCUUCAACCCCAGCCUCUGUGCCCCAGCUCAUGGCUCCCUCGGCUCCUCACAGAUGAGUCGACACAGCUCCCAACUGCUGUCUCAGCCUCUGCACCCCAAAGCCAUCCUUGGGGGAGAAGGGACACCCAGGUGGGAAGAGUUAAAAGACCCCAGGCCACAUCCAGUGGCCUCUGUGUCAAGUGCCCACACCCUAGACUGCACAGAACUCAGGGCCCUGCAGGACUCCAGCCUAUUUGUGAAUGACAGCCAUGCCCUAGUGGUCCUUUUUCCUAAUGACAUGUUGCUCUCAACCCAGGGCCCCGCUGAGUCUCCUGGCUUCCUUAGUGGGCUUCAGCUUUGGUCACUCUUCUGAGUCCUGCUCACACACACAUCCCCACCAUUUCUCUAUGAGACCCACUCCUGAACUCUGCUGUAGACAACCUGCUCUCAGUGGGUGAUUUUCUCAGUUACCAUCAGCUUGGUGGGGCUACUGUGGGGCUCUGCUAAACAGGACAGCACACGCCCCCAGAGACGCAUGCCCUGGGCUCACUAUGGACCUCCCCACACUGGGACGGCAGGAUGGGACUUCUGCUCCCCAUCUGCCCGUCUGAAACUCUAAGCUCAGCUCCUGACACUGGGCCAACUUCUCUCCUGCCCAUGCGCCACUGUCUACACGCCCCAGGAAGUGGAUUUCAUACCCUGGGAACUAGAUCCUUUCCAUCCUGCCAGAAGUAACCCGGCACAGUCAUGGCCAGGAGGACCAGAGAUGCAAGUGAAAUGCAUAUUGGAAUAUAGGAGAUGUUCUAUUACUGUAUGAUUGAAUGAAUAAAUGAAUGAAUGAGGAAGAUAGUAUGGGUCAUUACAAUGCAUUCUUGCCAGAAACUGGUAUCUGAUCCACUGUGCUCCCUAGGAAAUCAAGGAAGUACUCUUUUCUCCUCCCUGAGUAGGAAAUAAACUAAGGAAAGGAGUUUGGGUGAGAAAAGCUCCCUUCAGAAAGCAGGAAGCGUUCUUAAACUUUAAAGUGCUUAUGGUUCACCUGGGGAUCCUGUUAAAGGCAGACUCUCACUCAGUGGGUCUGGGCAGAGGCUAAGAUCCUGAAUUUAUAACAAGCUUCUGCAAGAUACUGACGCUGCCGAUCCUAGGACCGUACUGAGUACAGGGCCCCGUGGGUCUUGGCAGAGGCCCAUGGAGAAGCACCACGUGCUCUGGCAACCCACUGCCCAGCUCCGUGGGGGCCAUUCACACAGACCACAUGCUCCCCACGCUGCCCUUCCACUAGAAGGCCACCCGCUGCUGUUCCUGACAGAACUUCUCUGUGACAUGCUAGGUUUCUUCCCCAACCCUGGGUAGGGAAAAAGUAGCUUCCACCAUCUUUGUUUCCCCACCCCCAGGCCUCACGCGUUUCCACGAAGGGAAUUAAAAAAUACAUCUCCUCCAUUCAAAGUUGAUCAACCUCACCUUUGAGCCAUUGGCAUAUUUUAUUCCAUUUUUAGGAUGAGCAUCACACCUUAUCUUAAUCUCCACUCUCCAGGGGAUUGUACAGGGGCUCAUGUCCAAGCUCCAUUGACCUGGAAUAAAAUCCUUCAAGGGACUUUCAAGGGCCUUCUCCACCUGGCACCACCUACUUCCCUCUCCAGACUUUCCCAAGGUGGUUGCCCUCCACACCCUUCCCUCAGUCAUGGGAUAACCUUCCCCAUUUUCUAGCACAGCCUCUCUGCACUUCCUCCUCCUGGAAGGCCUUUCCCCGUCAUUUGUAUAUACUAGAAUCCUGCUCAUUCCCCGGGCCCCAACUUAAAGGUCAGCUCCUAUCAGAAUUUAUCCGUCUCUCCUUU